AACUUUGGGUAAUAAAUAGAAUCUGCAAGCUCUCCAAACACAGAGCUGCAGCUUUUCAGAGGAGAAAUCAAAACAAGAUUACACGAAGCCUGAAAAAUGAAGACUAAAAUGAAGUACUCAACCACCAAAAUCUCUCCUGCAAAGAUGAACAGUUCAGCAAGCAAGGCUUUGGUAAAAUCUCCCAAGUUGAGAAAAUCCCAACAGAAAGCUGAAGAAGUUUGCCAGAUGUAUUUUAUGCAGCUGCGCUCUGGCCUUAUCAUAGAAAAGACGGCCUGUUAUUUUAGGAAAGAAAUCACCAAAAGGCAUUCACCAAGAACAGGUGGAAAGUACAAAGAGCAACAUCUGGUAUUCACUGCUUGUCAUCAGCAGCUAAAGGAAGACUUUGACUGUGAUGUACCUAGGGCCCAGAAAUGUUUUAGGGCAACUAAUUUUCCAAGUAUCCAAGAACAUUCUGCUUCCCUGAGCACAUACAAUGACCAAUCUAUUACUUUCGUUUUUGAGGAUGGAGGUUAUGAGAUCUAUGUAGAAGACUUGAGAAAAGACCAAGAGAAAGAUAAGGUGCUAUUCCGUUAUUAUGAUUCCCAAUCCCCCACUCAUGGAACAGGUGAUGGUGUUGAUGGCCAGACAUUAUUGGUAAACCUGAGCCCUACAAAAGACAAAGACUUUUUGCUGCAUGCCAACAACAAGGAACACUCUGUGGAGCUACAAAAAUGUGAAAACCAAUUGCCAGACCAGGCCUUCUUCCGCCUUCAUAGGAAGUCUUCUAAAUGUGUUUCUUUUGAAUGUAAGAAUAAUCCUGGAGUGUUUAUAGGAGUAAAGGAUAAUCACCUUGCUCUAAUUAAAGUAGGGGACCCAACUGAGGAUUCAAAGAGUAUAGAGAAUACCAUAUUUAAGCUUUCUUAAACUUCAUGUGAUGAAAAACUGUGGAGCCUGGGUUGGGUAACCCAAAUAGCCAGUGCCGGAGAAAUGUUGAGAGAUAAAGAAAGAGCCAGACAAUGUUUAAGGGAAUGAAGGGUACUUGGUAUGCUAUGGAAUAUUUUUUUUAUUAUUUGUAAAAAUAUGUUUAUAAUAUAUUCUGUCUGUUUUUUACUACCCUUUGUCUCACUACAUAUUCAAGCGUGUAUUGUUACAUAGACCUCAGAAAAUAUACAACCUGACUUCUACUUUUUUCUACUUUCAGCCCAGAAAGCUUGAUAUUUAGAGCUGAUAUCUUUGGGGAGAAGCAAGGGCCUUAAUACAAGUUUCAUUUUAGACAGGGACCCAUUUUAAAAAGCUACAUAGAGACAUAAUUUUCCCUGUCCAAACAACAAAUUCAAACCUUAGAGCUGUUGGUGAAAAGACAAUCAGAUCUACUUAGACUGACCAUUUCACAAAUGGAAUAAAACACCAAAUUUGUUUGAAGAUGCCCAAAACCAGGACACCUGCUUGGCUCAGCUGGUUAGCUGAUGCCUUUGGCUUAAGUCAUGAACCCAGGGUCCUGGGAUCAAGUCCUGCUUCAGACUCCCUGC